AACUUCCAUCGAUCGAUUUGGCGCGACGCUUCAAACUCGAAUGGCCGCCGCCCCGUCGAUUGUCCCGCCCCUCGUGGAAAAUGCACUUCGCGAUGCCAUCGCGUCCUUCCCAAAGGACCUCCAAGACUCACUGACAGAGAAAUUUACGGCAUACUAUGCCAACCCCGAGACGGUGCACGUGGAACAGGUCGUUCAGAAACGCAUGACCGAUGCCCACGCACAGCGCUUGCUCUUCGCACCGACGAAGGAUCAUGCAGCAUUUUAUGUGCUCCUUGUUCAAGGACCACCAAAAGGAGCCCCCGAGACGCAUCCUUGCUUCAUCGUGUGUCAGCGAUACCUGGCAAUGUGGUACCUCUGCCACGCGCGGCACUGGUCCCUUAGCAGCGAAUUCGUCCUUCACGGUGGGCUGCAUUCGCUGGUCGAUCUCUUCACGCAUGAGAAUUUGCACUUUCGUGGCCAGGCCUUGGACGUGUUCACGCAGAUCACAAGCAACCCCGACUUCGACUGGUUUCAACCCCCAACGUGUCCUGAGGCCAAGUCUUUGCACGGGAAGAUGCUGCUUCUCGCCAACUCGACGGACUUCAUCCGGGCGCUCGUCUCGAACAAGGACAUCGCGGCCAUGUCGCUGUAUGCUCUUCAGAUCCUAGCGUUUUACAUGAGCUGGGUCCGCAAACUGUACUCGAAAGGCGAGUUGCGCCUGAGUUCGGCUCUCCUGGCCACGAUUUCCGACUGGAAAACUACGGCCGCAUCGGACGAAGAGCGCGAACUUGCCACCAACGUAUUCGACGACUUCAACCGGUGGCCAGCCGUCGAUGCACCAGCUACUGACAAACCGCUGACCAACGCCCUGCCAGUCUUCGAAGGAGUAGAGUACCCCAAAGAAACCCUGUACUUAAAACAAGCUCGGGACGCCCUCGUCGCCUCAGACUAUGACCAGACUGUCUCGUUCACGACGGCGUUCCUUCGGGACACCCACGACGCCGCGUCAGCUGACCGCGUCCAAGCACUCGGCCUGCGAGGUCGUGCGCGAUUGCUCCGUCAACUUGACCGCGCCGAUAUGAAAAAGGCAGUCGACGACACCAGCUCCGCGCUGGACAUGUUGAAUCAAGUGGCAAUAUCAACCACACAAGGAGACCGAGACACCAGCGUCCUCUCGCGAGUUGAUUUAAUGCUUGACAAAGCCACGAUCUUGGCACAACAUUUAAACUUAUUCCGGCCGGCGCUGGCAGCAUUGGAACUCGAUGACGAUACAUGCCUAUCUGCGGACGACGUGGCGGCACUAGACGCGAAGCGAAUUCACGUCAAGUCACUCUGGUCGGACUACGAAGCGCUGCAUGGCAUGAAACAUGCGAAGGAGCAGUCGAUAUUUGAUGCGAUUCUCCAUCGUCGGGGACUCCAUGCGACCGAACUGUCCCCGUCGUUGGUCCCAUCACCAACGAUGCAUCGUUCCAAGCCAAGUGCGAGCGAUAAUCAGGAAAGCCACGACGAUCAUCGCCUCAAGGACAACGUUGACAAAUCGGCGCCACCUACCGCAGACGAUUCAAGCAAUCAAGCGACUAACAGCGAUACCAACUCUGGGCCUUUGCCUUGCGCGUCCACGACCAGACUGCGCCAGGUAUCGUCUGUGGCCUCAAAGAACAAGGCCACUCCGAGCCAUGCCGGCGGCUCUAAACAGUCGUGGAUGACCCCCGUGGCCCGCAAGCUGCUCAAAAGCAAGCACGACCCCCACAUGAUGGCUUCGUUGCUCGAGUCCAUGUCUGCUCAAGACAUUGCGGCCGCGGUGUCGACGAUCCUCAACCCAGACAUUUUGCGCGGACUGCUGCAAGGCGCCGGCCUCGUGGACCCGAAGCACGCCCAUGAAGUGUUGAAGGCCCUGAACACUUUGCCGGCUCUGCCCCUCGUGCUCGAGUUAGCCGAUCCAGACGUCGUGGCAGCCAUGAACUCAUUGACGUUGCACACUCCAUAAUAAAUAGAUGCUUCCCCUAUGAACCUUCUUCGUUUUCUUCGUCGUCAUCGUCGUCGAUGGGGUCCCAUCCCUCUGCAUCGUCGAGCUUCCCGCGAACGGCCGCGGGCAUGGGGAUGAGCCCUUCCAAUGGAGGUGACAAUGGGGCGUUCUCAAGGCUUGGGGUCGUGUCAAGCACUUGCGUAGACAUCGAGGCCGACGUGGCUUUCGCUUUGCCGCGGCCACGACGACCACCAGCGCCAGUACCUGCCGACGCCGUACUUGGCCGGCCUAGCCGACCACUGGUGCUUGCAACACCACGAUUUCCUUGUGCCUUUGUUGCUUGAAAUGGGACUGCGGUUGCUGCUACUGUUGCCGAAGACGGCGACGACACAGCGUAGAAGACGUUGCUCUGGGGCGACGUGUUGCCACCACUCAUCAUAAAGGCGGGCAAGGCGUUGUUGUAGCUCGAAUUGGCGGCAGCUAGCAUUUGCGAAAACGUCUUGGCUUGCGCAGCUUGAGUUUGCGCCUGGAGCUGGGCUUGGACUUGAGCUUGCGCCAACGUGAGCUGUCCGAUCUGCCCCAAGCUCAGCUGCGCCGUCAUGAACAAGUUGGGGUCAGUGAACAUAGACUGCGAGUGCAAGAUCGGGUUGGCCAAAGCGGCCGCGUUCAGUUGCGUGCGGCUCUUCGGCGACAGGGGACCCCGCAGGACAUUAUUCUUGCUGGUCCCGGCUCCACCGCCCCCAGGUCGGAGCCCCGAUGUCGUUGUCAAUGCCGACUUGCGGUUGCUUGGAUUGGUCAGGGUAAUUGCGUUGGCCACACCGGAUCGACGCAGGGUGCGAAACUUGUCCUUGAGCUGGACGUUCGAGCGAUCGUUGAACUGGACGCCAAGGUCUUUGUCCACGAGGAUGAGGCUCCACACAUUGCGUUGUCCGUUGUACUUCUUGACGCCGUCAAUGAGCGCGCGUUCUUCCAUGGUCGUGAACGGGCGGUACUUGCGGUGGUUCUUUCGGUUUUCAGUGUAGCUCGAGAGCUCGGGGCGGGUUUUAAUCAACGUGCGCCACUUGUCCUUCAGAUCGACGCCGGAUCGACCGUGGAAGAGUGGUCCCAAGUGCGGGUCACGCAGGAUGCUGCUCCACGGACAGCUGUCGUCGGCGUACCGUUGGACCCCGAGCACGAGCGCCGUGACUUCAUGUGGGCAGUAUUUCCGUCGCUUGCCCUUGAUGCGGUCGCCAACGUUUUCGCACGCAAAGUCCGGCGAGUUUCGCGGGUACGGGAAGCUAGCGCUGGCCGCGCUCAGCUGCUGGGCCACGACGCUCGCACCCAAGCUCUGGGCGUGCUGGAGUUGUUGGAGUUGCUGCUGCUGGGCCAGCUGCGCGUGGUAGAGCUGAGCCGCGGCAUUGACCGCGUGCAGCUGUUCAUGCUUGGUCGAGUCGUCCUCGUCCAUCAUGGUAGCGCCUUCAACUUGAAGCAACUCUGGGUGGCGCGGUGGGGAUGGGGUAGGCUUGGGGCUGCGGUAGGGCUGCGGCAACCCCCUGAGCGACUCGUCAAAUGACG